GUGCGUCAUGUGACCCGCCCUCAGUGUAUAAAUAGGGAGCGCUCUCGGCGUGCGGUGUAUCACUGACAGCUGAGCACUGAGGAGCACGGGCCAGGCAUGUCUUGUCAGCUGUCACUGGUGUGGAGCAUCCUCCUGCUGUGCCUCGCAUGCACAGUACAUUGUUCUCUGAAUUCCACUGAAAAUGAGAUCAAGGUAACAUUGUCUGGGGGAGGUGACCGUGUCUCCGUUGGUUUGGAAAAUGUCCAUGAAGUUGACUAUGAUGAGCAUGAAGAGGAAGACCUCUCGGGGUACUCUUUAGAAGAUUCUAUACGAGUACAAGCCGUGGUCAAGCCAGCUAAUGGGGAGGUGUCUGUCACAAAUGUGGAAAAGAAAAAGACUAAUAAAAAGAGAGGGGAAAAGAACAAGAAAAAGAAGAAAACCCUGUGCCAGACCACACACAAGAACUUCUGUGUUCAUGGAAAAUGUAGAUACCUAGCAAGCAUGCAAGAAGUCUCAUGCAAAUGUCAUGAAAACUACUUUGGAGAGAGAUGCACAGAACAAUACUUAAGAACGGGGACAUCAGACCCUAGUGAUAUGACUACAACAACGAUAUUGGCAGUUGUAGCAGUUCUACUGUCAACUAUUAGCAUUAUAGCCAUCAUCAUCAUUAUUGUUGUACACACAAGACGGAAAUAUUCUUCAUAUGAUUGUGAAGCAGAAGAGACAAAGCGAUUGGGACAAGAAAAUGGAAGUGAAGAUGUAUGACUGAUUUCAUUUUGGAAUUACAACCAAGCACUGCCACACCUCAAAACUGAAUGUGAAGAAAAAUUGCCUCUUAUUGUGUAAAUUUUUUUAAAAUAUUUAUUUAUUUUUAUUUUUUAAUGUUCAAAGUAAUAUUUUAUAAUAUAUU